AUGUCGGAUGUACCGUGGGCUCAAAAGCCUGAGGAGAACCAAAGUAACAUUGAGAAACACACAGCAGGAGACGCGCCGACUGAAUUCGAUGGUGGGACGGCCACAGCGGAGUUGGGUCCGCACGAACACACGAACAGUUUAAACCGUAGCUACUCGGAUUUGGAUAGCAUGUGGUUUGUAACAUAUGCCGUCAUCCUAUGUUGGUUGCGCACAGCGGCGCAGCAACCGCUCAACCUUGCCCUCGCGCGCAAGCAAACGAGCUCUGUUGCAAAUAAAAUGACGACCCGGCAAAUCAUCCGACUCGUGUACAAUACGGAAGGUGGGUUACUUGGUUUAACGCAAGGGAUGGCAGCCCUCGCACUUGGAUGUGCCCUAAGCGAGGCAAUCUACCUGUGGUUGUUUGAGUACAGCCGGGAGAAUAUACCACUAGCGAACAAACCAACUCGUGACGCCGUGUCUGGCUAUAUCGCUGACGCUCUGUGCAGGCUUGUGCACCUUCCACUGAGUAUUGUGGCACUUCGACAGAUGACAGCUAAUUGUGAGGGUGUUCAAAGAGGCAGGGCCGUCAAGUCCGGUUGUAUGAUUCAUACAUUUGCCUCCAUGUACCGCGAGGGAGGGCUGAGGACAAUUUAUGCAGGCUACGGCACAACACUUGUUAUUGGUUGCCAGUGGACGGCCGUAUGGUGGGCGAUGUACGGUGUCAGUAAGGGCUACCUGUAUGCCGCUGCAGACGGCUUCUUGUUGGAUGGGAGAGAGGACCCAGUGACGGAGCCCGUCUUCGUUUCUUCCUCAUGGUUGUCCUGGAAGCGCUGGUUGCUCGCGAGGGAUGACAACGUUGCAUUAAAUACUGUGGCGUCUGUAAUUACAAGCGCGGUAACUGCAGUCAUUUUCAAUCCGUAUUUAGUUGUGCGUGCGAACCUGCAAGUGGCCCCUAAGGCACGCCUUUGGGGAGUCACGUGUGAGGUGUAUCGUACCCGUGGUAUUUUGGGGUUUUAUGGUGGCCUCGCCCUAAACAUUGGGACGUGUCUUAUUGACGGCGUGUUGGCUUCUACAUCAUACGAAUAUGCAAAACUUUGGGCAGACAGGGCACACCAAAGUGGUUGA